AGUGCAGGAAAAUCCCAGCCCUUGCACACUCAGCCUCCCACAACCAUCUACCUACCCACCCUGACACACUCAAGCCUCCCUGACCCAUCUUGAACAUUCACCAGCACACACUCCCUGCACAUUUCUUUCACCCUCAGCUUCUGCCACCUCCUCCGGGGUAAUAUUGCCAGGCUUUCCCUAAUCCCAGAGCUGCAGACUUACCCUGUCCCUCAUCCCCAACCAUGUCCCUGGAGUCACUGAAAUUCCAGGCAGUGGGUGAAGAAGAUGAGGAGGAUGAAGAACAAGAGAGCCUGGACUCUGUAAAGGCGCUGACGGCCAAGCUGCAGCUGCAGACACGGCGGCCCUCAUAUCUGGAGUGGACGGCCCAGGUCCAGAGCCAGGCCUGGCGCAGGGCCCAAGCCAGACCCGAGCCCGGGGGACCUGGGACCAUUUGCGGCUUCGACUCAAUGGACUCUGCCCUUGAGUGGCUCCGACGGGAGCUGCGGGAGAUGCAGGCACAGGACCGGCAGCUGGCAGGGCAGCUGCUUCGGCUGCGGGCCCAGCUGCACCGGCUGAAGGUGGACCAAGUCUGUCACCUGCACCAAGAGCUGCUGAACGAGGCCGAGAUGGAGCUGGAGCUGGAGCCGGGAGCCGGCCUGGCCUUGGCCCCGCCACUGCGGCACCUGGGCCUCACGCGCAUGAACAUCAGCGCCCGGCGCUUCACCCUCUGCUAAGGGGCACCCGCGUGCCUGCCUCGCCACCGCUACCCAUUCCCCAGCCCACCUUGGGAAGAAGGAAAGGAGGGGUGCCCCAGAGGAGCCAGCACCUGGAGAGCGGUGCGGGGAGAGUCCAGGAGAUGCUCAGAGCUCUGGGAGCUUAAAGCCCCUGCAUCUUGUUGCCCCUGCUGCCCCAGAUGGGGGAGGGGGGACGGUGUGGAGGAAGGGGAGGAGUUCACAGACUCCCAGGCUCCUCAAUAAACCUCUGCUUCCCA